CAAAAAUGUGCAAUAGAGAAAGACUAACCAGUUGACGAAAUGUGAAAAUCGGAAGUAAAGUUGCUAUUGCUGUGUGCACGUGUGAGCAAUGGUCUUUGGAUUUUAGAAGCUAUUUGUAUUAACAAAAAGCAUAUAGUCCGGCUCGAUUGCUCGGUUUAUACUAGUGCGUUUAUGGUGACGAAUGGUAGCCGGCAUCCGUUUCUGAUGAUAAGAGGUGUAAACUGUAUUUGACUCGGGCCACGCCGCCACGAAAUAAAAGUGUUGAUAGUGUUGUUGAUAGACGUGAUUUACGGUUAUACGACAAACACGCACCCACAUGUUUACCGUUCAAGCAAAUCGAGAGAUAAGGACAAGGAGGCUGCUAAGGAGCAGAGCAGGCGACUACCAGCACGUGAAUAGAGUCGUGAGGGAAGGGGUCUCUCCAAUGGAAACGUGGCAAAGAAUCAUUUGAAAUCAAGAGAGUGAGACAUCGAAAUGUAUACAAAAUAAUAUGUAUGCAAAUGCCAUGACAUGGUUUAAAUUAGAUUAAAGGCAAAAAAUAUAAAAAUUCACCGAAUUGAGGCAGGCGCGCAGCACAGCAACAAAUAAACACCUGUGUAAACUCUCUUUCGCUCUCCUAAAAUGGCCGAUAGCAGUGUGCCGCUACGAGACUUUGACGAAGAGAGCGAAACCGACUCUGAGACAGAAUUGCUCAUACGCAGAGACGUACGGACCGCGAGUGUCGCUGCCGUCAGCAGCAGCAGCAAGAGCAACAGCAACAACAACAGCAGGGGCAGACACCGCAAAAGCUCAACUGGUUAUAGCGGUGUCGCUGACGUUGGCGUCAACAGCAGCAGCAGCGGCGGCGGCAGCUUUCUGGGGAAUCUCUUUGGGCACAGUCUUGGCUCUGCCGCCGGACAAAUACGUUAUAGAAAUGAACGGAGUCGCGAGCGCGCGAAAUACUCGAACAGCAGCAGCAGCGUUUCGAAACUGGCGCAAUUAACGCACACAAUUAACGCGGGUGGCAGCGGCGCGGGUGGACACGGGAUUGGUGCGGCAGUUUCAGGCUCCGCUGCUUCCGGCCCCAGCGGGGGUGCGGCCACAGGUGUGGGCGACAGCGCGGCAGUUGCAAGUGAUCUUGACAACGGGACACACAGCACCGUCAUCGAUCCGGAGAAUGGCUCGGCCACCGUCUUCUACCAGAACAACCGCCGGAGGAGCAAGGGCCGUAGCCUCGGGAACAUCUGCAAGCUGUGCCUCUGCAGCUGCUGGCGAAAAUGGUUCAGGCCACGGGAACUGCGAGCCCGCACCGUCAACCUGGGGAGGGUGAACACGGAGAAGUUCCCGCCGAACGAGAUCCGGAACCAGAAGUACAACUUCAUCACCUUCCUGCCGCUGGUGUUGUUCGAGCAGUUUCGCUUCUUCCUCAACCUGUACUUUCUGCUGAUGGCCCUCUCGCAGUUCAUUCCGGACAUACGCAUUGGCUAUCCGUACACAUACUGGGGACCGCUGGGCUUUGUGCUGAUGGUGACUAUAUGUCGUGAGGCAGUCGACGACCUGAGGCGGCACCAGCGCGAUCAUGAGGUCAACUCCCAGAAGUACAAACGGCUGUCGGCGACUAAUGGAAGCGGCUACGAGAUGGUUCCCAGCUCUAAGCUGAAGGUCGGUGAUGUCAUCAUUGUGGAGAAGAACGAAAGAGUGCCAGCGGACCUUAUUCUGCUGCGUACCAGCGAUCGCAGUGGUUCCGUCUUCGUACGCACCGACCAACUCGAUGGCGAGACGGACUGGAAGCCCCGCCUGGCUGUGCCCUAUACCCAGAAGCUAAGCCGCGACUCUGAGUUGCACACCAUCGAUGCACACUUCUAUGUGGAGAAGCCCCAGAACGAUAUACACAGCUUCAUUGCCACCUUCUGCAUGACGGACGGCAGCGAGGACACCGGCCUCAGCGUGGAGAACACUCUAUGGGCCAAUACGGUGGUGGCUGCCGGCACAGCCACUGGCAUUGUCAUCUACACGGGCUGCGAGACCCGCAGCGUGAUGAACAACUCCCAGCCCAGAUCCAAGGUGGGUCUCCUGGAUAUGGAAAUCAAUGGAUUGACAAAGGUUCUUUUCUGUGCCGUAUUGGGCCUGUCGCUGGUCAUGAUGAUGCUGAAGGGAUUCGGUGGACCCUGGUACAGAUAUAUGUUCCGCUUUGUCCUGCUCUUCUCGUACAUCAUUCCGAUCAGUCUGCGGGUGAACCUGGACAUGGGAAAGGCCUUCUACUCGUGGCAAAUGCAGAACGACUCCAACAUCCAAGGAACAGUGGUGCGCUCCACAACCAUACCGGAGGAACUGGGCAGAAUCUCCUAUGUGCUGACGGACAAGACGGGCACCCUCACCCAGAACGAAAUGGUAUUUAAAAAGAUUCACCUGGGCAUUGUGUCGCACGAUGCGGACACCUUCCAUCACAUUGGCCAUAUCAUACAGAAGCUAUCGGGGAACAUACUGCAGCAACAACAGCAGCAGGGCAGCGUAUCCAGCUCCAGCAGCGGGGAGUCCAACACCGCCACCAAACCGAUUAUGUUUGCAGGCAAUCGCAUGCGGCGACCCGAAGGCUGGCGUGAGUGGGAGGCGGUGCGCGCUUUGGCCCUGUGCCACAAUGUGACCCCCGUUAGUGAUGAGGAGGACAAUAGGUCCGUGUCCACGGCAUCCACAGUCACUGGCGGCAACAACUCUCCCACCAAAUCUGUUAUAAACAUCGAGGCCCCAGGUAGCACAGACACAGAGCAUCAGUACCAGGCUGCCUCGCCGGAUGAGAUCGCGUUGGUCAAGUGGACAGAGCAGGUGGGGUUGACGUUGAUUGCCAGGGAUCUGAACACCAUGACACUGCAGGUGAAGACCCCCAGCGAGGACAACGAUAUCCUGUUGCAAUAUCAGAUUCUGCAGCUGUUCCCCUUCACCAGCGAAAGCAAACGCAUGGGCAUCAUCGUGAGGGAAAGCAAGUCCGGUCAGAUAACGUUCUAUUUAAAGGGCGCCGAUGUGGUCAUGUCCAGUAUUGUCCAAUACAAUGAUUGGCUCAGCGAAGAGUCGGGUAACAUGGCCCGCGAGGGACUGCGCACAUUGGUGGUGGCCAAGAAGGUUCUCACGGAGGAGCAGUACUCGGACUUUGAGAUGCGGUACAAUGCGGCUCGCCUGAGUAUCACAGAUCGCGUGGCUAAGGUGGCCGCCGUGACCGAAUCUCUAGAGAGGGAACUGGAGCUGCUCUGCCUCACUGGGGUGGAGGAUCGCCUGCAGGAAAAUGUGCGCCCCACCUUGGAACUGCUGCGCAAUGCGGGUGUUCGUGUAUGGAUGCUGACGGGAGAUAAACUAGAGACCGCCUGCUGCAUUGCAAAGUCCUCGCAGCUAAUUGGCCGGAACCAGGGUCUGCAUGUGCUGCGCUCCGUGAAGACGCGUAUGGAUGCCCAUCAGGAGCUGAAUAGCUUCAGGCGCAAGCAGGGCCAUGCCCUUGUCAUCGAGGGCGAAUCACUUGAAGUUUGCCUGCAGUAUUAUCGACCAGAGUUCCUCGAACUGGCCACCGCCUCGCCGGCUGUCGUAUGCUGCCGCUGCUCGCCCACCCAAAAGGCCCAGGUGGUGGCGCUCAUCCAGAAGCACACGGGCAAACGCACUUGUGCCGUGGGCGAUGGUGGCAACGAUGUGAGCAUGAUCCAGCAGGCGGAUGCCGGCGUGGGCAUCGAAGGCCGUGAAGGCAGACAGGCCUCUCUGGCUGGCGAUUUCAGCAUUCCGCAAUUCUCACACAUUGCCAAGCUGUUGCUGAUCCACGGCAGGCGGAGCUACAAGCGCUCGGCGGCUCUUUCCCAGUUCGUCAUCCAUCGCGGCCUAAUCAUCACCACACUGCAGGCAGUAUUCUCGGCAGUUUUCUACCUCAGUUCGGUGGCUCUGUAUCAGGGCUUUCUCAUGGUCGGCUAUUCGACAUUGUAUACCAUGUUCCCGGUGUUCUCGCUGGUGCUGGAUCAGGACAUCACCUCGGAGACGGCUGUUACGUAUCCGGAGCUAUAUAAGGAUCUAUCAAAGGGUCGCAGUCUCAGCUAUAAGACCUUCUUCAUUUGGGUAUUGAUUAGCAUAUACCAAGGCGGCGUCAUCAUGUACGGGGCCCUGAUACUCUUCGUGGACGAGUUCAUACACAUUGUUGCCAUUAGCUUCUCGGCUCUGAUCAUGACUGAGCUAAUAAUGGUGGCUCUAACCGUGCGCACUUGGCACAGGCUAAUGGUGCUAGCAGAGCUAUUCAGCUUGGCCCUUUAUCUCAUUUCAUUGGCCGUCUUGCACGAGUAUUUCGACUGGGAGUUCAUCUGGUCUUACGACUUUCUCUGGAAGGUGUCGCUCAUCACGCUAGUGUCCUGCUUGCCCCUGUACAUAAUCAAGUUCUUGCGUAAGAAAUGUUCUCCGCCUUCAUACUUGAAGCUCUCUUAGAUCCGAUUGCUUCUAUUCCCAAAAUAAUUUCCCCCGUCUAUGGUUUUCCUUUCUGUAUUUGUUUAUGGUUUAAUGAUUAAUUAUUUGCACGUGCUGUGUUACAAUCUGUCGUCUCGUUUUGCCAAACGCAAACCCAGCCCCACACUAAUCCCAUUACCGAGCCUGCGUCCCCGACCCCCAUAUGCGUGAUAUAAAGUUAAAUUGACUCUCCUUCGACACCUUUGCACUUUGCUUGUUUGUUGUUUUUGUUUCAUUUGUAAAUUUACACAAAAAUGCAGAGUAAAAGUGAGGGAUUCGACUAACGUACGAUUAUUAAAACAAAAACUAACUUUAAUUUAUAGGCGUGUGAGGAGUAAAAGAAAAGUUUAUUAUUAUAUUUCCACAUUUUUUGUAUACCUGUGUGUAUUUGAUUAAUAUUUAAGUCGCAGUAAACCAAAUUAUGUUACUAAUUAUUUAAUGUUAAAGUAAAUUAAAAUAAUACUAAUUGUAUCUAUGACUAAACUAAAACACUGAAAUCAAUUAUGAGAAAUGUACGAAACAAAAUGUAAAACGACAAAUAGAUUUUUGUAUUAAGGUUUAAAAAUCGCAUUGGAUUGUGAAAUAAAGACAUAAAUAAAUAGAAAA